GUCACCGUCUCCUCUCCGUGAGCCCGCCUCAGACCACCUCGCCCCGCCAGGUAGGAAGCAAGGAGACCGUCUACCUGUCGGCAUGUCGAUGUCCACGUUCCAGAAGGUGACGCUCGCGACGUGCCUCGUGCUGUGCGUCGGGCUGCUGCUCCCCAAAAUGCUGCUCUCCGGCGGCAGGAAGGAUGCUGCCCACGAUUCGGGUCGCUUCCCUUCGAUGAUGCAACGUCAGGCGGCUCCGGAGGGUCGAGGCCAGCGGGCCGCGGGCUCCAGAGCCCACGGCACCGAGGCCGUGUCCAGGGCCAAGGGGGCCGGAACCGGGGUGGGAACCGGGGGCAAGUCCAACCUGGCGGGGCAGAUCAUCCCCGUGUACGGCUUCGGGAUCUUACUCUACAUCCUCUACAUCCUGUUCAAGAUCACGUCCAAGGGGAACAACAAGCCGUCAGAGAGCAGGUUCCCCUCGGUUCGCUCGGAGAGCACGAAGAGGAAGAUCUCUGACUUUGAGUUGGCUCAGCUGCAGGACAAACUGAGGGAGACGGAGCUGGUGAUGGAGAACAUCGUCAACCACAGUCCCGACAGGGUGGAGGGCGUGACGGCGGACCAGGAGGAGAGUCUCCUGCAGCAGCUGACGGAGAUCACCCGCGUGAUGCAGGAGGGCCAGCUAGUGGACCGCAUGGCGCCGGAGGAGAAGACCCGGGAGGACUGGGAAGAUUACCCCGAGGAGCCUCCGGAGCCGCCGUGGGAACGCUCCCGCUGCUGCUGCCAGCACGGCGAGCAGCACCACCACCACGGGCCGGAGAGCACGCGGGCAGACGGAGACGACCCCGAGGGAGAGGGAGAGGGAGAGGGAGGAGGAGGAGGAGGAGGAGGAGGAGGAGCAGGAGCAGGAGCUCCUGACCCGAGCGAAGAGAUGGAAUCCGAGGAGGCCGCCGUGGAGACGGGCGUCCCCGAGGACGGCCUGGCCGGGGUCCUGGAGGAGCUGGAGCUCACGCUGAAGAUGACGUCGGCGAAGGCGGAGGACCUCAGCGGGGCGGCGGAGGUGGGAGCUUCCUGCGGCGCCGUCCGGCGGAGGAACAAGAGGAGGAGAGCGAAGAAGGCGGCGCACUGAGGCCCGGCGCGGUGGCCCUUGAGGACUCUUGAACAUGCGCUCCGUGUUUUGAUCCGUUUCUCGAAUCAGUUUCAUAAGAUCAAAAUCAGCUUCGUCCUCCAGCCAGUGGAGGAAAGUUAAAACAUGACACGUAAAUAUUUAAUUUAUAAAGCUCCCUCAAUCACAUCCACACCAUCAGCCUGCAUAUAUUUAUAAUUAUGUUUAACUUUAGAUGUCCAGUAUAUAUUAUGUUUUUCUUUCCUCUAAAAUGUUUCAUUCUGUUUUUAAUAAUUAUAAACGACCAGCAGACGAGA